GUGAUUUUCAAUCCUUUAUUGACCUAUCAACUCAAUUCUUACAAGUCUCUCAUACUCUUUCUCCGAUGGCUCUCUCUGAUGGGCUAUUACUUUUCAAUUCUUACAAUAUAAAACAUAUAUAUGUAUGUAUGUAUGUAUCAUGAUCAACUCAAUUCUUACAAAUCUCUCUUACUCUUUCUCCGAUGGCUCUCUCUGACAAAUCUUCGCGUCAGUCUCUGAUCCCAAGCUUCCUCUACUCCUCUUCCUCCACUCUCUCCACCUCACACAAAUCCUUUGGUCUUGACAGAACCAUGCUCGGUGCUGCUGCGCCAGCAGCACCCAGCUCCAACAACGGCGUCUCGUCUCCGACCAGGAACUUCGUCGUUCCGGCACCGAGCGAGCCUGGCAAGAUCGAGAUGUACUCGCCGGCCUUCUUCGCCGCCUGUGGCGUCAGUGGUGGUCUCAGCACUGGUCCCACUCACAUGGCCGUCACUCCUCUCGAUCUCGUCAAGUGCAAUAUGCAGAUUGACCCUGCAAAGUACAAAAGCAUCUCAUCUGGUUUUGGAGUGUUGUAUAAGGACCAGGGUUUCAAAGGCUUCUUCAGGGGUUGGGUACCAACCUUGCUUGGUUACAGUGCUCAGGGUGCCUGCAAGUAUGGAUUCUAUGAGUUCUUUAAGUACUACUACUCUGACCUUGCUGGACCUGAGAAUGCAGCCAAGUACAAGACCUUGAUCUAUCUUGCUGGUUCUGCAUCUGCUGAGGUCAUUGCUGAUGUUGCACUUUGCCCUUUCGAGGCAGUGAAGGUCCGGGUUCAAACACAGCCUGGUUUUGCUAGAGGUCUAUCAGAUGGGCUUCCUAAAUUUGUUAAAUCUGAAGGCUAUGGAGGGCUAUACAAGGGACUGGUUCCUCUCUGGGGACGUCAGAUUCCAUACACAAUGAUGAAGUUUGCAUCUUUUGAGACAAUUGUGGAGAUUAUCUAUAAGCAUGUCAUCCCCACACCGAAGGACCAGUGUAGCAAUACUCUACAGCUUGGUGUGAGUUUUGCUGGUGGAUAUGUGGCUGGUGUAUUCUGUGCCCUUGUGUCUCACCCUGCUGACAAUCUUGUUUCUUUCCUCAACAAUGCUAAGGGGGCAACUGUUAGUGAUGCCGUGAAUAAGCUAGGUGUUAUGGGUCUCUUUACCCGUGGGCUUCCUCUCCGUAUUGUCAUGAUUGGAACUCUUACAGGAGCUCAGUGGGGACUCUAUGAUUCCUGCAAAGUUCUUAUGGGAUUGCCUACAACUGGUGGUAUUGCUCCUCCUGCUACUGAGCUUGCAGAGGCUUAGAAUUUCAGAUGAUCAGCACAACUUUUUUUCAUUUUGUUGAACGUAGGAAAGAUAAUUAUUGGGUUUAAAUAAACAAUAGGAUUGUUGAAGUUGCUUGGUGGAUGGCUCCAAAUCUAGGCUAGGGCCGUAGCCAAGAUUUUUUACAUAGGGGGCUGAUUUUCGACGACGAUGAUUAUCAUCAUUGUAUGGAUAGUCUAUAUUUUUAGGUUGAUAUGGACCUUCUUUGAGAUAAGCUCGUCGGACUUCAUCUUGUUUUGUUGAUAGGAAAUUCACAUAUUUGUUUACGUGAUCCUAGAUCACGAUUUAUCUCUUCAGAUUGAAUUCUUGAACAUUUGGAAGGGUGUUCAUUAGGCAUUGAAGUAUCAACAUUUAUUUCUACAA